AUGUCAUCAGUUGCGCCCGCUGCUUCAUUCACCGCGGAGACUCUCCCCGCGAACCGCAACGCGGAGGCCGGCUCGCCGGCAAGCCGGGUCGCAGCGAUCGAGGUCGCUGCGGCGAGAGCGAGAGGGUUCACUCGCGCUUCAGCAGGCGAAGAGGCGUGGCUUCCGUUCUCGCCUCCCACGUCGCUGCCGCCGUCGCCACGCUCGGAGAGCCCGACCCUCUUGCGCCGGCCGCCGACCGACUUUGGCACGCCCACACGAAAGCCACCUGCGAGUCGAGGUGACGGAGUCGAAGCGGUGCUGAUCACGCCGGCGGCCGCGAAACCUGCGAACCACUCUCACGGGAAUCAGGCCGAGAAGGAGCGAGACCAGAGCUCCAAGAAGUCCUUCGCUAACUCGGACCCGGCGCUGAUGGCCAACGUGCUCGGCUUUUGAAGCACUCACGGCUAUCAUGUCUGUGUACGAAUCUCACACAUGUCGACUGAGGCUGUCCUGUAUGUAUCAUACAGCAUGCCGCCCUCUGCGUCUCCUAGCUUUACGUCGACGUCGUGCGUGUGCGAUGUGUUGAUUGUGUUGCAUUGAUUGUGUUGAUUGUUGUGGCUUGUGCGCGCCCACGUGGGGCGCGGACUGUGGGGCCUGGGUCUGCGGCGCCGUCCGUUGAGGCGCAUGUGACGAAAGCGCUGAAAUCCUCCCAGUUC